CUCAUGAGAACAGUCAACAUGGAGGAGAGCGCCUAUAACAAACUAAUACACCAGGAGGACCCGAGCAGGGAAGAACCGCCGCUCCAUUCAAACCAGGAGAAACCACAAGUUUCUUUUUCAAUGGUGAGACCCGCUUCCAGUUGGACCUCUCACAGAGUGCUUGGAAUCACGCUGGCUGUGCUUGCCGCUGUUUUGCUAGCAGUGGAUAUUGGCCUGGGAGUCUAUUACAACAACCUCACGGACGAGUCUUGGGCAGUGAUAAGCAUCAGCCGCGAGGUGGCCGCGCUGAACACGGCCUACGAGGCCGCCUCAAAAAGACGUGCUGAUGCCCAAAUGCGUUUGACGCAAGCGAUUAGACAGCAUCAAGUGAUCAAGUGGCAGGUGGAACAUCAGACUAAAAGAAGCAGUGACUACAAAAAGCAGGCGGAUAUAAUCCAAACAGCCAUUACUGUCUUAAAAUCCCACGUACCGAUGAUAAGGGAGGGAUGCAGACACUGUUUACCAGGAUGGACUUUAAUCAACUCGGCAUGUUACUUCCUUAGCCUUUCUGACACACACUUCCGCAGUACAUGGCAGGAAGCCAGGGAGUUUUGCAAAAAGCAGGACAGCGACCUUGCUGUGCUCGACAGCUCCGAGAAGCAGCUGACAAUAAAUCAACUGAUAAAUCUUCAUCAAGACCCGUUGAGAUCCAUUACCCAAAGCGGCUUCUGGAUCGGAUUGCGAGAUGUAGAUACCGAAGGAGUUUGGAAGUGGCUGGAUGGAACGAGACUGAAUGAAGGCUACUGGGAUGAUGGCGAGCCCAAUAAUGCAGGCGAUGAGGACUGUGCAGCCACUUACCCCAGGAUUAAUCCCUUUAAGGGCUGGAAUGAUGCACCGUGUUCUCACCACCUCAAAUGGAUUUGUGAAAUGUCAGCAAGUUAGUGUGUUUUUCCUCCAUCGAUUUAUCUGUAUUUGUUAAGAAGACAGAAAGUCAAACAUUUUUACAAUUUAUCUGAUGUAUUAAUAAACUACAAAAGGAGAUCAAUCAAUAAAAUACUUGUCUCUACUA